UCUCUCGGCCUCGCUUCCCGCACGAAAACUCAUUCUCUGCCUCUCUGGUACGCUGCCCUAUUUCACGAAAUUCUCUCACUCUCUCUUAAGGUACGCUGUCUCGAAGUCUCUGCUACGCUGCUAUCUCGAUUUAGACUUCUUCUGUUCUAGAAGUUGUUGAUAUGGCUUGGUAUGAAUAACAAGGAAGGCAGUCUACAAAUUGAGUAUUUUGAAUUGGGUUUUACGGACAAGAAGGGGCUGACAUGUUUCCUAGUCUCAUUAGAGGGAAGUUGAAAACACUUGGAAGAAAAUUGCCCGGCUAAAAGGAAACAUUGAGAGAUGCUAAGCAAGCUUUAUUCAAAUCGCAGUCUCUGCACAGCAAUUCAAUUACCACGGCCAUGGCUGUUCGUUGGUUUGGGAAAUCCCGGGGAUAAAUUCAAAGGAACAAGACAUAAUGUCGGCUUUAACAUGAUUGAUACUUUUGCGGAGUCACAAGGGAUUGCUAUGGACACAGUUUUCUGUAAAGCUAUUUUUGGAAAAGGCAUUGUAGAUGGUGUUCCAGUUUUAUUGGCAAAGCCUCAGACAUAUAUGAAUUUGAGUGGCGAAUCGAGUGGUCCACUUGCUGCAUAUUACAAACUCCCUCUAAAUCGAGUGGUGGUGUUCCAUGAUGAUAUGGAUCUACCAUGUGGGGUUCUUCGGCUUCAGCCCAAGGGAGGGCAUGGGAGUCAUAAUGGGAUGAAGAAUGUGAUCUAUCAUUUCCGUGGGAAUAGGGAAUUUGUACGGUUGAGAAUCGGCAUAGGGAAGCCUCCUGGUCAAAUGGAUCCCAAAGCAUUCUUGCUUCAGAAGUUCAACGCAACAGCUCAAGAACGAAUUGAUGUCGGUUUGAAAGAGGGAGUUGCUGCAUUGAAAGAACUUGUGACGAAGGGAGUGGUGGAGAGUGCUAGGGUCUUCAACAACGAGCAGAAAUACAAACACAUCAAAGUUGCAGAUUAGAGAUGCAAACGGGUCUGUGCCUGAGUCCGGUUCUACUAGCCAGAAUCGGUUAAAAGCUCAGUCCCAAUUUUGUUUUCGGUUCAGGGCCUGGU